AUGGACGAAGACGACACAUCCCCACCUCACCCUCUCCAACGCAACAACGACAACGACAACGAAACCGGUGUUGAAACCACCGCCGCCGCAACUACCACACCAACAACGAAUACAACAGAAGCCAAAGACAACAGCAACAAUCGAAAGUGCAAGGGCAAAGGUGGUCCGGACAACAACAAGUUCCGCUACCGCGGAGUGCGGCAGCGGAGCUGGGGCAAGUGGGUGGCGGAGAUCCGUGAGCCACGUAAGCGCACACGGAAGUGGCUCGGGACCUUCGCCACCGCGGAGGACGCCGCCAAAGCCUACGAUCGAGCCGCUAUCAUUCUCUACGGCUCCAGGGCUCAGCUCAACCUCCAGCCCUCCGGUUCUUCCUCCUCUCAGUCCUCCACGCGCGGCUCUUCUUCCUCAUCAUCGUCUUCUUCUUCCAGCCAAACCCUAAGACCCCUGCUCCCUCGGCCCUCCGGCUUCCCAGGCUUCAGCUGUAACUUCGCCGCCUCGGCCCAUCCUUACGGAUUUGUUCCCUACAAUUCUGUUGGGGUUUACCCUAACUCCUCCGCACAGAUGAGUAAUCAGCUGGACAAUUUAAAUCCACAGAUCCAACAGCAAGUUGUGGUGCAGCAACAGUUUCAUCAUUAUCCAUUAUCAUCGGAUUGUUGCGGUGACGUCAUUAACACCACACCAACCUCGUACCCAAACCCUAGUGUCCAUGCUCAUCAGCAAUACCAAGUACACCAGCAACAGGAUUUGAAUCAGAAUCAGAGCUGUACUUCUUACGAGGAUAUGAACUCGAUUGUUGGGUCCGCGGGUUCGAGUUUGUCUAUGUCAUCGCAGCCCAUGGCGGUUGCACCGGCUGUUUCGGAUCCGAUGAUGAUGGCACAAGGCGGACCCAUGUCGCCGAUGUGGCCGCUGACGAACGAGGAAGAGUGUGCCCAGACUCUGUGGGACUACUACGGUGAUCCUUUCUUUUUGGAUUUUAAAGGAUUUGAUUGA